UUUCACGGCAUGUAUCAUUCACCAUCUGCAUGUGGCUAAGAAAGAGGAUAGAGCACACACGGAGUAAAGGAAGAAGAGAGCACUGCGCACUGUCACUCCAUUAGAGCACAGCAAGGAGGUCAGUUUCUCUUCUUGGGUGAAGGAAGAAGAGAGAAGAAAUGGGAGGAGUUCUCAUGCAGCACCACCAAAUCGCUCCCAAUCUUCUGAGAAAAGAUGGCUUCCCCAGGUCAUUUGCUUCCCAAAGAGAUAUCGUUCUCCUUUGUGCUCCGCGCCGAGGUUCCCUGCCGUGCUCAUCUUCCAUGAUCGUCAGAUCGGAAGCCAACGGGUCUCUACCGCCAGGAACGGCGGUCAGGAAGCACAGCAAAGAAGAGCUCAUCGAAUUCUUCAGAGGCAUCCAGGCCGCCAUUGCCAGGGACUCGCCCAAGGCGUCCAGGAGGACCAGGAAACCAUCGCCGGCCGACCUGUUCGAAGACACCGGCAAGCAAUCUUAUGAGGAAGUAUAUCAAGAUGGGCAGCCAAAUCUGGAGGACAUGAAGGUGGCCGAGCUGAGGGAGAUGGCGAAAGCGAGACAGAUGAGAGGUUACUCCAAGCUGAAGAAGGGUGAGCUGAUUGACCGUUUGAAGGGGGGUUUGGUCUCAUAAUUUGGUCCUCCUAUGAUCCGAACAGGCAGACGUCAGUGACAACUUGGCGUGCUGUACUGACCAAAUUGGUCUAGUUAGAAUCGAUUUUUGUAGCGGAUGUUCCGUCCCAUCUUCUGUUUUCCGCACACUUUGGUGAUAUCUUCAUUUUACUCCGUGGGAGCUUACUUGGUCAGUUCAAUUGCAUGGUGAGGCAGAAGCUCCUCGAUUCAGUUAAUAAA